AAUUUUAACAAAACAAAAAUAAAAAGAAAACUUAGAUUAAACCUAAUAAAUCAAUAAAAUAUCCAUUUCGAAAGAAGAAAAUAAGCGCAGCAGAGAGAAACUUGAGGAAAAUUGGAAAUCGAGAAGCAGAGCGCAGAGAGGAAAAGCUCUUGGCAAAAAGUUAUUUAUUGUUGUAGGCUUAGCGAGCAGCAAACGUUAGCGUGUUCAUUUUUAAGGCUUUUAGAGAUAGAAUACUCAAAAAAUAGGAAAAAUCUUUUAUCCACACACACACACACACAUACAGACAGACAGACAUAAGCAAUCAUGAAGAAGAGCUCCACAUUGACGACCACCACAUCGAUGCCAACGUCUCCGACGCUGUCGGCGCAAACGCUCUCGGCCAGCAAAAUGAGCCUGAGCAGCAGCCGUUCGGGCCGAUCCUCGUGUCAAUCGCAUGGACCCGUCAGACCAGGCAGCGGAUGCGUCGAUGCGAUUAAAGCCAAGCGAGAGGAGAUCGAAAUCGAUACCAUACUCGAGAAGGCGAAGUUCUACACCUCCGUGUGCCUUGGUACGACUGCCAUUUUGUCGGUAUUCACAUUUCUCUUCCUGAUACCCUUUGUUGUGGAUCCCGCAAUUUCAACAAUCAUUGCCGACUACGAUCCGGUGCCGGUGACUUGCGUUGUCAUCGAUCACAUCUAUGCGGAGGGCAUUAAGAAUUGCAGCUGGAGUUCGUGUCGCGAGGGCUGCACCUCAUCACUCACCAAGUGCCAUCAGUUGUUUGUCAACUAUACGCGAAUACCCUUUAGCGAAUGGGAGCGCAAUCCUCGAGACUUGGAGCGCGUCAAUUGGGACGUUAGCUACACAAAGUUCUUAAUCAACUCCGAGGGCUGCGGCUAUCCGCCGACAACCAAUUGCAGCGUUUUCGCCAGACAAUAUGGCUUCAAUCACAUUGGCGAGCCUUUUCCCUGCUACUAUAGUCGCGCCUAUCCGGAGGUGGUCAUCGGGCGUUACUCAUGGGAGAACAAUCUCUACCAUCUGGUGCUCUCGCUGAUCAUACCAAAUGUUCUAUUUGCCAUUUCGAUUGGUGUCUUGAGCUAUUGGUAUUGCCCCUGCUGUGAGAAGGCGUGCAAUAAGUCAUCGCGUGUUUAUGCCGAAAAGUUUCCAACCAAGGAAGAGAUCGUUAACUGCAUGAAAUGUAAUACGGAAAAGUCCUUAACUUUGAAUGUAUUUUGAAUAACUAAAAGCGACAGUGCCUGAAUUUUGAAAAUGAAAUUGAAGUAGGACUACAAACAAAUAAACUAAAUCUAAGAAAAGCUCUAUGUAACCAAAAACAAAUCUCAGCACGCUCAGUACACCCAAUGCAAACAGCAAAAGUAAAAGCAAAAAUGCUUUCAAAAAGUUACUCUGAAGUGUCCUUAGCAAAUAUAUUUUCUUGUUGAUCUCAGCUUCAAGCUAAGCCACCAUAUUGUAUGAAUAUUACCAAAUACACCUCAAGGGCGUUUAGUUAGACCCAUUUUUUCAACUCUCUACAAGACUUUUUCUUCUAAACUAACAGAGCACAAAAC